ACAAAAACAUCGGCACGUAAGUUAGGAACUGAGAACUUUUGGUUCUAAACUUUAACUUAACUUAACUUCAGUGCCUUCCUGGCACCACCAUGGGUGCUUUCGAGUGGCCAUGGGAAUAUUCGUUUCCACCAUUUUUCACAGUGCAAGUUCAGCCAAAAACCAAAGAACAGCAGCUUAACACUUGGAAGGAGCUGGUGCUAAAUUAUCAGCGACACGAGCGGCAGGCGCUGCUCAACAUUGCCGAAGAUACUCCGCUGUUCGUGAAUAAGGAGCUGUCGCGUAAGCUUUCGUCGGACGGCCGACUGUGGGUGUUGGAGGAGCUAGAGAAAACGGGUCACGCUGCCCCGAUCGACAAGCGGAAGCAGCAGUGGGAAGUCUACUGGCACACACUGGCCGAGUGGGCCAACCUCGUGCACGACUGGGCCACCGCUAACGGGAUGACAAACACGGUGUGCACCAUUUACGAACUGGUGGCUGGCGACACCAGCGUCGGUGAGGAGUUUCACGGGAUCGAUCAGGGAGUUUUUAAAAAGAUACUGAAAACACUCGAAGCACGGGGACGCUGUGAGUUGAUUGCGUUCGACGACAACGAGGGAGUGAAAUUUUUCUGAGCAAUGAAAGCCACCGGAGCACCAGAACAGGAUCGGAAAUCAAACAGAUGCAUACAAUGUGAUGGCGGCGCCAAUAAAACGCAACG